AUGUUACCACAAAUAUCAAGUAUAUUGACUUUGAUAAUAUUAGAGAGUCGGCAGGUGCAUGCUGGGGUUAUUCCGCUUUUUGCCAGGGUGUCUAUAAAGACCAGAGAUCAUCAAACAGAUUAUACAGAUGAAGAAGAUUUUGAUCUGAAUGUGAUGUUGUUCUCGUUGGGGACAAUGUUCCUAAUGUAUCUCUUGGUAUGUGUGAUAUAUUUGAUUGUGAAAUUUAUUCUCUCCAGAGUAGUGAAUGGCUCAGAUAGAUUAAAUGGUUCAAGAAAUCAACGAAUCUCAUUGACCCGUGGUGAACAUGAUUUAGAUAGAAACACUAGAAUUAUAGAAAAUAUGAAUUUGAGAUGGCCGACUGUCCUCGAUGACCCAGAAGAAGUUAGAGGGAAAAUCGAUAGAUUAUCUCCAGAGGAACAGUUUUAUUAUAGACAAGGUGAAGAAUAUAUUAGAAACAAUCCACCAAUUUUGAUAGAUUAUCAACCUACUGAAUCAAAUGAAAUUAUUGAUCCGAUAAUAAAUGAACAGACGAAACAAUUUAUUGAAGAAGAAGGUGCUAAUGCUUGGGAAUUUGAACCUGAUUCAAACUUACCGAAUGAUACUAUCUUAAUAGAAAAUAAAACUGAAGUAUCAUUCUUAAAUUAUAAUUAUGAUGCGUCUGUCACAACAAAUUUACCAAUUCCUUGUAUCAAUAGAGUAUAUUAUUGUGAAUUUAAAAUAUUCGAGGUUAAUACACCAGAUGGUAAGAUUAAUAAUAAUCUUAACAAUAUUACGAAUCCAGGACCGUCAACAACGUUGGCAACGAAUCAUGCGGAUAACAAUUCAGCUAAUCAACCAUUAAUGGAUAAUAUUGAUGAAAAUGAUAGAACAUCAAACGUACAUUCCCUUGCUUCAUCCUUAGAAUCAUUAGAUGAGUUUAAUGUGGGUAAUGUAAAGGCUCAGAAUAAUGAACUGAUUUCAUUCGGUCUAAGUACAUCACCUUACCCAUAUUUCAGAUUACCUGGUAGACAUCAUCAUUCUAUUGCAUACGACUCCACGGGGGGUCGCCGUUUAAAUGAUUCCUUCAUGUUAGAGAGUCACUUACAAAAUUUAUUCCCUGCAUUCCAAAAGGGAGAUGUCAUUGGUAUUGGUUAUAGAACUAGAAGUGGUACCGUAUUUUUCACUAGAAAUGGUAAAAAAUUAAGUGAAAAAUCCGUUGGUGGACAUGUUCGUGGUUGGAAAUUCAAAUAUUUAUACCCUGUAAUUGGUGCAAAUGUCCCUUGUAGAGUUCAUGUCAAUUUUGGUACUUACGGAUUUGUUUACAUUGAAGCAAACGUUAAGAAAUGGGGAUAUGCUAAGAUUAAUGGUAUGAAAUUACCACCACCUUCUUAUGAAAAUUACGGCCAAGAUACAUUACUAGAGAGCGGAGAAGAAGAUAACGAUGAUGAGGACGAUGGUGAAGAAAAUUCUGAUAGUAUUAGAAAUAGUACUAGUGGUAUUGUAGCUACAGAUGAAGGAUUAAGAGAUAUGAAUGGAAAAUUAUUACCUCCUCCUCCGGGAUUUGAGUUUAGUACGUCACCAGAAUCAAAAUUAAUACAAGAAGAAAUUAAUAUGAAUUCAUUACCUAUGGAACCGCCUACAUAUUCAGAUAAUGAAAGUUCAUACGCUUUCAAAUUCCAUCCAAGGAACUCUACUACAAGUAGUCGAAAUAUUCCGAUUGUUGGAAGUAGUAAAAGACUCAGUGCGAAGACUCUUAUUGGGAGUAGCGCUAAUAACCGCUUAAGAAAUUCUCCAGAUGAUAAAGACGACUACGAUUUUGAUGAUGAUGAUUACGAUUAUGACGAAUACGAAAUACCAGAGGAUGAAAACAAUGAAGAGGAUGUAGGAGAUGAAGAAAUUGAAACAGAUGAAGACGAGGAAGAAAUUACUGAUGAAAUGCAACAUAUGAUUUCUCAACAGUGA